CUACAGUGCUAUCUUUCCUUUAAUUUUUUUUUUUUUUAAAUGAAUUUAUACAUUUUCCAGACUUUAUUGUAUUCAUCGCCAGAAUUAGGUUUAAACUAAGCUUGGAUGAAAGGAUGUGCAGAUAUUUUAUUCGCAUUUCCUAGUGUGAUUUUGUUGAACUGUGCUCAGCACUGCGGUAGCUGUAGCUUGUUGUUAGCUUGUUGUUAGCUGCGGACAGAUCUGCUGCAUACAGCUCCUCGUUUGGAAGUCAUUGUUCACAGGCGGAAAAGUUGUAUCGUAAAGGACUGGAAAGACCAUGCAGCUUUAUUACGGAGCUAAUCAUUUACUGCGAAUAUUAAUUGAUUUAAAUGAUGCUUUCAUUGUAUUAUGAAUGAAUCAGUGACGCCAGAUCAACAAAGUACUUAAGAAUUAAAGUCAACCGAAUGCAUUUUGUCUUGAAUUACUUUAUCUGUUGUGUUGUAAAAAGUCUAUUUACCAAGUGCGUGGUAUAAUAAGUGUUCAUUGUCAAAGAGGCUAGCGUCUGUUUAUAUCAACAAACAUGGAUAAAAAGUCUUUUGACAUUGUUUUGGAUGAGAUAAGAAAGUGCGUCCUGACUGAUCAGCGCAUCAAAGCCAUAGAGCAGGUGCAUGGAUAUUUCUCCAGUGAGCAGGUGAUGGAAAUACUGAAGUAUUUUUCAUGGGCAGACCCGCAGAUUAAAGCAGUGAAAGCCCUGCAGCAUAAAAUGGUUGCAAUCCCUACAACCAAAGUUGCAAAUAUCCUGAAUUGCUUCACUUUCUCAAAGGACAGACUGAUUGUUCUGGAACUGAUAGCUUUGAACAUUUCAGAUGCUCAAAAUUACCGUCCUGUGGAGGACCUGUUUCGCAUACACUUGUCAGAAAAGAAGCGAGCUCGCAGGAUACUGGAGCAAGUAUGUAAGGUUGGCUGCAAGGCUCCUGUAGCCAUGAUCUCCUCCUGUGGUAUGAUACCAGGGAAUCCAUACCCUAAAGGCAGACCCAGCCUGGUCACUGGCACAUUCCCUGGAAUCCCUGCGGUAAAAAAAGAAGGAGAGAAGAAAGACGAUACCUCUAACAGUAUGGAGGGGAAAGGAAUUGCUUCUCGGAUUAUUGGACCAUUCAAACCUUUUCCUUCAACCUACAACCCUCAUCGGCCUGUGCCCUACCCUAUACCACCAUGCCGACCCCAUGCUACCAUCGCACCAAGUGCGUACAACAACGCAGGCCUUGUUUCUGUGGGAGGGGUUAUAACAGCCAGCGUGCCCCCUCCCCCCUACAACUCCACCCACAAAGUAGCAGGUUACGCCAAACCAGGAAAUCCCCAGAACACCACACCUGGAGUCAACAGCGGGCCCCUCCUCAUUCCUCAUGGGUCCACGCCGUCUACCCCUGUCCCACCCCAGGCCUCUCCCGCUCAGCCGCCUCCCACAACUCCCAUCACACCAGUUUUCCCUGGCAUGGUGCCCUCUCACAACCCUAAUGCCCCCUCUCCCUCCCCUGCUCCAUCCCCAUCUGUCAUUAAAGCAGGACCACACACCCCCAGUGGUCAUGCCACACCUACACCCUCAUCUGUCAUUAAAACCCACACCCCUUCAGGCACCCCUUGUGGAACUCCUGUCCCUGGUAGUGGGGGCUUCUCCUCUUCGCCCUUCCAUGUCGUUUCCCGACCAGGUACCCCCGCUACCUCCCGCGGUGGCCCAGACCUCCUGUCUCAGACAAACUCCAUGGGCUCAACUCAACAGAAAAUGUUUUCCCAGUCCACAGACCACCAGUCAGGACCCACUUUCCCUGGCAUACACCCACAAGCAGGUAACCCCUCUGGAUCAGUGAUACGAAGUUACACCCCCUCUGGACCACAGUCUCUCACCCCUGGAUCAUCCACCCCAGGAAUUCCAAGCUGUUCCACCCCAGGCCCCAGUCCCAAACCCUCUCCGGCUCACUCUGCACAGGCUCAGGCUGCCAUUGCUGCAGCAGGAGUCCUGAACAGGCACACUGGGGGUAGCAGCAGUGGCAGUAACAGCCCUGUGCACUCUGCUUUCAAGGGUACCUCUCGUUCUGGCACACCGUCUGUUAGCUCUCUGGUCGUCCAAGGUUCUGCGCAGGCUGCCCUGGCACGUUCCUUGGGUCUGUCACACCCCUCAGGUUCCCCUCAAGUCUCUCUCCCUAGUCCUGUUGCUAUCACUGGCCUCCAAGCUCUGUCCUCUAGCCCAGCUCCCUCUCAUUAUCCCGGCCUGUCCCCUUUCCCUUCCCUUUCUUCCUCUCUCCCUCCUUCUUCCAUCCCUUCAUCAAUGCCCGCGAUGCCUCCCACUAGCAACAUUUCUAACCACCCACCAACCUCCAUCUACCCAGGCCUGGUUACCAACGCUGCCCCCAGUGCAGCCUCCGCUUUCGGCCUAGGCCUCACUUCUGCCCCUUCUAUAUUCCCAGGCCUUCCGCCUGGCCCUAGCGCCGCUGCCUUCCCAGGACUGGGUGUGUCAGGGGGGCACGGUGCUGGGAGCCCUGUAUUGUCUUCAUUCAUGGGACUGCCAGGUGCCACUCCAUCCUCGGUAGCAUCAGUAGCGCCACUGCAGGCAGCGGCAGCGGCAGCAGCAGCAGCAGCAGCGGGGGUUCCAUCAUCAUCACCAGUUUUACCAGGCUUUGCAUCUGCUUUCAGCUCCAAUUUCCAGCCUGGAUUGAGCAGUGGACUCCAGCCUCCAGGAAGCAGUGGGUUCCCCGGCUUGCUGUCCUUCCCUGGGGUACCAGGCUUCUCUCCGUCUGCCUCCCCUGCUACCCUUGGUGGCCUCCACAACCCAACCAUGCAGUCUGCCCUGCUGCAGGCUCAUCCCACAUCUGCUUUGGAGAGCUUUCCUCAACAGUUGCCCAACAGUUUCACCAACUACCCUCCAGGCCCAGGAAACACCUUCCCCCUCCAACCAGGCCUGCACCCUCAGUUGGGUUGGCAAUGAAAUCCACAGUUCUGUUUGAAACGUUAAGUAGACUUACAUGUUAACCCCUGUCAUACACCCUGCCCUGUUUAAUGUUUUGGCCUUGAACCCUACAGAGCACAGGUCAGCAGAUAUAUGUUUCAAUAUUGUGUACGUUACACCCAGAAUGACUCACUAUAACGAGGAACACUACCAUUGAAAGUUGUGGAGAUAGUGCAUGGGGGAGAAGGCAUAUUUCCUAUAUUAUUAAUAGUGAACAGUUGUAAAUAUCAGUUGUCAAAGUUGUUUUAGGUUUUACAAAUAGACUGUGACCGGGUUUUAAUGUUAGCUGGAAUUUGCUGUUUUUAAUGAAGAUUAUCAACAUUUAUUAGUGAAUAAUGAAUUAUAGAAAAAUUGAAAAAAUGUACAUGAUAUCAUGUAAUGACUUGACAUUAUCCUCAUGUAGUAUCUCAUGUCCAAUCUCAGUAGAAAGAACAUGCUUAUGAUACUGAUUGAGUGUCCUGAAUUGAAUAUUGUAUUAUGACAUGAACUUUAACAUUGACAUAUGGUAUAUUGAGUCACAUUUUGAAGUGAGUACACCAUGAAUAUUUUAAAUCCUUGUUCUGUGUCAAGGUUGGGGGUGUUGUAUACAAAACUUGCAUUUGGCAGCUCCGCUCAUGCUUGUGUUAUUUUUAGUAAACACUCACUUGUGGCUGUCAGCAGUUUACU